AUGCCUUCUCAGCCGACUGGUCGUUUAGGCCAACACGGACACAGAUCGACAGUGCCGCUGGAACAACUACAGGCCAUGAGGAGGGUCAAAAAAAAUGAGUUAGAAAAACAUCGGCGAGGACGUAUUUCAGUGAAGAUGACAGAGCUUUAUGACCUAGUGAUGUCAUUGGUCGGUGGCGACUCACGGAAUCACAGUCGCUUAGAUAAGAACACUCUUCUCAACGACUGCAUAGAGGUUAUUCAGACCCUGUUGCAUGUGAUGCGUGAAAUGCCUGAAGUACAGGCUAGCCUAAAAACCGCAUUUGGACAGCGAUUUAACUCGAAAACGGUCCCUUUAUUCGACAAAGACAAGGAAAACAUACCUCCACCAACGCCCAUCCAACCAUCGACUGCACUUACUGGAAAGACUCUGAAAAUCGCAAAUGCGACCCCCGAGAGUGGAUACCACGACAGUUUCGCCAGCUGCCUCCAACAGCAAAGUCACAAUCAGCCAAAUUUCAGUGCCGUCACCUACGUCAUCUUCACUCCAAUUCAUCGACUUCUUGAUGGAACACACCAUCACCUACCAGCUAAUCAAUCCCAAGAUAUCAUCGGAAUUCAAGACUACCCGAUGGAUCUCAGCAUUUCCAAACGCCAAGCCAAGGAUCUCCAGUUGUGUAAACCAUACGAGACUUGA